AUCGAUAUAAACAAAAUACUAGUACUAAUAAGCUUUGAUAAUGUGGCAGUUGAGUCCAAUAAGUCUAGGGAUGUUCAAAGAUAAUCCGUCAUAGAUCCAUUUUAAAAUAUAUUGACAUUCAUGUAUUGAGGUCAGAAAAUAGUGCAGUACUGUAAUUGAACAGAAGUUGUGGUAGUUGUUGAUAGUUUUUGAUAAAAGGGAAGUUUAUGCUUUCAACUGGAGUUUAUAACCGUUCAUGAAAAAGACCACAAAUAUGGGGAAAGGAAAUGGAGAUCAUCCUCCAUCGAAGUUCAUUAACGAUCAAUGGUUCUUUCAGCUCUUUAUUCUAGUCUUUUUGGUAUGCAGUGUUACAUGUUCGAGCCUAAGUAUUGGUAUGGAUGACGGAGGCAGUUUCCCUUACCCAUACUCCUUUACCGGCUUUGUUUUAGCGCCUAUUCUUCUGGUCAACUUCAUAUCCAGAUCGUACGUCAUGACAGUUGUGCACAGGAAAGGGUUGAGCAAAAAGAAUUUACUGGAAAUAUUGAAAAAUACAGUAUUUGGUCAACAUAUCUGGCCCUGGUCCUGCAAGGUGGGAAUGUUGUGGUGUAUUCCUGGUUCAAUACUUUCAGGAAUAGGUGGAGUAAACUGCGGAAUAGAUGAGAACCCUGACAACAAUUCCUCAACAACAGAUGCUCCCAAAGUAAGGAAUACCUGUUACUAUGAAAUUGAAGGAGAACAUAGCGAAUUGUACAGAGGCUUAGCUAUUGGACUAGUUAUCGUGCACGUGCUUUCGUUUGUGAAUCUGUUGUUUAGCAAUUGUCCCAUGCACUCUGUACAAGAACAAAUAAAAGAAGACCCACGAGGAAAUACUGUGUCACGAGCUAAUAACCGUCCUGCUGUGGCUUAUACUGCGGCGGUCUCAACGACUUCCGCUGCGGCUUCUGAUACAAACAACAGACAGGCUUCAGCUUCUGGCGGAUCAAGUAAUGAUAUGAAAAUGAAAACAACAAUGCAAAAACUUGAAGCUAGAGUAAGAGAACUUGAGAGUAGAGAAAGACAAAUGCAAGUUGUAAGUGUGCUGCCUCCGCCGCCAACCUACAACGAUUCAAUGCACCCUGAUAACUGCACCGCAGCCCAUCCUGACAAUACUUUCGCUUGACGUCCAAAUGCUAAGAUCAAAUACGAACACAUUCUGAAUUGAUAGAAAAGGAGGAAUUCUAUCUCAAUCCUGAACAUAGGUAUUGUAAUUAACAGAAAAAAUGAGUUUUCGUCAUACAUGUGGUUUCUCUCUCUGAUAUUUGUACUUCGUUUCAUCAUGUAAUGUGAUUGUUGUAAACAUGUCCAGUCAGAAAUAUAUUUGGAAAUCGCAUAGAAUAAUUUUAAGCAAAGCGUGCGCCUGGAUAUUGGUAUUAUAUCUGGAAGACACAAAUUCAAACUGUUUUUAGAUCUGUGCCAAACAAAAUCGGUGUUUCGGUUAAGUAUGCCAGUAAUGACUCUAACCGUCAUACAAUUUCAGUCUUAUUUCAGUGGAAUUUCGUGUGACUUUCAAGAGGGAUACCCAGUGCAGUAAUUAUGAUGUUCUACCAACUUUCAUUCUAUGGUGUAAUAUCUUUGUAGUUUCAGCCGUUUCCCUUUGCAUUCCAACUUUAGAUCGCACAUACACCGAUGUAUCAAUAUAUAUUUCAAUCAUGAGGUAAAUCCGCUAUAUUUAUCUGCAAUUUACAUAUGGUUUUCAUUACCUCUAUCCAUAAAUUAUGUAAGAUUUGUUGAAACAUUUUUCAAUUAAUGAAUCCGCGCAGUCUGUUAGCGAACAGCAUGGAUCCUGACCAGACUGCGCGGAUGCGCAGGCUGGUCUGGAUCCAUGCUGUUCGCAAACCCACUAUGUUGAUUUUCUCAUGGCGCGGCUCAUAUAUAUUCUACAAAGGAAUCAAUGGUUAGAUCAUUUUAAGCUGCUUCGUUACAUUUACUCAUUUGUUUUUGUUUAUUUAUACAUCUAUUAUUUGAAAUGCAAAAGCUGCAAGACAAACAUGACUGUACGUAAUUACGGAAGGUCGGUGGUUCUACCUAGGUGCCCGCUCGUGAUGAAAUAAUGCACGGAGGCGCACCUGGGGUUUUUCAUCCACCAUCAAAGCUGGAAAAUUGCCAUAUGACCUAUAAUUGUGACGGUGCGAAAAUAAAAAGAAUAAAUAAUAAAAAUAAAAUAUGUAAUUCUCAGAUUUGAUGAUAUUGAAUUAACGUCUGAUUGACUAGUUAGUGUAUCGAAAAUCCUGCUCUCGGCAUACAUUAUGUAUUUCAUUUGGCAGCAAUUUUAUCAAAUCUAUAUACUCAGAAAUUAAGUGUACAUCCAUGACACAAUACUAGUGUAAGAUGUUCUCCUUUGAAAGUUAUUGUUGCUAACUUGGGAAUAUACAUGCAUAAAAAAAAGAAUCCGAUUCCGAUUCAUGAUUCCGUUUGAAUAAAAUAAGACAUCAAUAAAAUUUGGCAUUGAAAUCCAGAUGAAUUUCAGUGAUGUUUUCCGGUAUUUGACAUACGAGAUUACGAUUCAAGAUUCGAGGUAUCUUAUAAGGCAAAAAGAUUCAAUAUAUUCCCCGACGAAUAUUGGGUAGUACAUCUUAAUUGGGUUCUUCGUGCCCUAGUGGUUAAUGUUGUUUACUUCGAAUCACUUGUUCUCAGGAAUGUGGGCUCCUAUCCUUGAGCUGCAGAAUCAAGGGUGUUGAGGUUUUGAAGCUGUAUGGCCUAUUGUGUGGAUGUGACGUUAGACCUUACAGAAAAUGAAACAACAACAGCAAAAAUUAAUACUUUGUAAUAUGGUGGCUACUGAACAGAGUUUCAGAAAAACAUGAAUUUCAUGAGAAACUAUCAGUUCAUGUAUUCUGAAAAAUGCUGACAGUUGUAAUAUUUAAGUGAUAUUUAAUAGUGUUGAUGGCGUUCUUCGGUAUGUGUUUGACGCCUUUGUAAACUUACUGUCGAACAUUAGCACUCUCAAGGUCAAUUAGUAAACAAUGUACAUUUAAACAUAAGUAGUUACCAGAUGUUUGAGGAUCUGUAAUGACCGAAUAAGGCCAUUGUUGUUAUAAUGCAUACCAUUGUAUGUGAAUAUGAAAUCAAAUCUGGAAAGUAGAUCCCUCGGAAGCACCGAAAACAAGGCAAACAGUGAAAAUUGCAGACUCGGUUUGAUUGUGUCUUUUCAUGAGCAGUAAUGGAAAAUGCAACACUGCCCACGACCCCUAGCACCGGCUUAAGCAGUAUUCAAUCUUCAAAUGUAAAUGAGUUGAAAUCAGUGAUCCAGAGGGUCAGAAAAUAUAACAACACUGAGAUGAAGUCGGGGCGACUAUUUACGGCCGCCACACAGCACUUAACACCCGCUGUUGUGAAGUAAAUAAAAUCUGGAAAGUAGAUCCCUCGGAAGCACCGAAAACAAGGCAAACAGUGAAAAUUGCAGACUCGGUUUGAUUGAGUCUGUUCAUGAGCAGUAAUGGAAAAUGCAACACUGCCCACGCCCCCUAACACCGGCUAUAUUUCACUUCCGUGAUACAUAUCCAUGUAUUAUAAACAGAAGUUUGAAGUUCAGGAUGAUCAGAAUGAAAACAGCAAAAUCAUUUUCUCUGAAGAACUGCAUUAAGAUGUUAAAAUCUAAAAAACAGCAAAAUCAUUUUGUCUGAAGAACUGCGUUAAGAUGUAAAAAUCUAAAAACAGCAAUAUCAUUUUGUCUGAAGAAUUGCAUUAAGAUGUAAAAAUCUAAAAACAGCAAAAUCAUUUUGUCUAAACUGCAUUAGGAUGUUGAAAUCUAAAAGCAUACGCGCAAUGAACAACUAAACUAUUUUCCUUUUGAAUCAUUUUCUUCAAUUGCUGUUAAUUUCAAUAUAGGGUAAAAUGUAUAAUUUUCAUCUUAAUAUUUUAAAUAGCUAACGAGAGUGAAUGUUUCCUUGCGUUCAUUUUAUAUAAUGAUUAUCAUCUAAUUCCUAUAGAUAUCAUAGAAGAGUGCAUGCAUCACUCUUCAACUUAUUUCAAGUAAAAUAGCAAAUGUACUUCUAAAGCUAUAUCAUAACCGCUGAGCCGUUUUUACUUUUUAUUCAGCGAGUAAAUGCAAGUAAAAGUAGGAGUAAUAACUAAUAAGUUUUAAGAUAUCAUUGCAAAUAUGUACAGUAAUGAAUCAAAGCUAUAGAAUCAAACUUAUUAACGGGAAUAAAAUUAAAGGUGUUUUUUCCACGAAAUACCCACAUAUAUUUACAGGUUUUUCUGAAAUUUACUACUGCGGCUACUUUUGCAAUGUUUGUUUAUGACUAAAAGUGUUUAGAGUUCAAUGUGGUUAAUCAGACCUUUGCAAAGUUAUGGAUUUGUGCGAAACUUUGACAACUGAUCUUUCCAUAUGUUUAUGUUCACUAAAUGCUUGAUACAAAUUAGAUUUUCACUAGUGGUAUUUUUGAAAGCUGAUUUUCCUAUCCUUAUUGCCUAGCUAAGAUAAAAUAUUUUUUGCAAAAGUAUUAAGUUUAGAAACAUACUUUGGUCGAGAAAUGAUAUAGAUAUUAGAACAAUUGUAUUAUAUUUGACAAAGAUUUGCAUUGACAAUCAAUAUUUGAUUUAUAUAUAUAUUCAUUAGAAUUGCAAAUUUGUGAAGAUUUUUUUUACCUCCCUUUCUCUAUUUUUGGCCAAGAUAGAUUGGAAAGUAAUUAAUUCAGAGGCUAGAUCUGUUUUAAAAGAAUGCAUUUUGGUUAAGGUUGUUGAAAUGAUUCAAUAUCUAAAAUGCAACUGUAAAACUGGGAAAAAAACUAAAAUCAAGAGUAUGCUUUUUAUCUUUUUAAAAAACUUUAAUAUUAAAGUAUGUGUUUGGUAUUUGGGGAGGAAGUAGGGGAAUGAGUAAUUACCAGGUUACAUUGAAAUGAUAAAAACGUACAUUUUAACUAGUAAUUUAACACAGAGUAAUUUUUUUUUCUUUGAAUGAAUGAAACUUAACUCUUAGUAAUUGGUCGUUUUCAUUUCUUUAAAUGAAUAAAAUAAAUCAAACAAUGAAAAUAUGUCAUAAAAUGUUUUGCUUAAAUGUGAUAUACCACAUUAAAAUAUCCUAUUUAUGAUGCUCUGAUAUUGUUCUUGUACAUUUUGUUGAAAAAUAAAACGUAAUUGUUCUCGUUAUUUGCUUGUCAAACGUUUAUAUUUCCCUACUACUCCUUCAUUCACUUCAUAGGUAUUCCCUUUCUCAGUCAGGCGAAAGUUAAUAUAGUGAUUAUAGUUAAUAAUUCAGCAAUUGGCAUACGAUUUUGC